AUGGACACAUUGUACUCGUUCGGGCGGGACUGUUGUCAGUUGGUAACUGGCGCCACGUGGCAACCGGAUACGAAUCGAAGAUCGACGUGGACAGCGUGAACCCACCGACUUCUAAGUAGUGUGUCACCGCUGGAGUCGAGGCUGUCGAGGGCCGAUUUGCACUUCAAGUUGUUCAUUUGGUGCAGUCAUGUACUUCCGACCCGUUCUCUCUUUCACCAGAACCACCGCUCGACGUGCUCACCUGACGAACUUCUCUUGGCUUAGACGGGUUCAUACGCAAUCAGACGUAUCUGAAUAUGAUAUCAAGUAUGCGGACAAACUCCAUCAAAAGGCAAACGAAAAGGGUGUGGCUCUUGACGAAUUGAAGGUACAGGCCCGCCAGGAAGCUCGUCGCAAACAGAAAGAGGAGGCUGAAGUUGCCUUAGUGCGAAAGUUUCAGUCCGAGACCAUCCUGAGAGCCGAUGGAGUUACCCAAUCCACAGCAAAGAAACCCCUUCCUAGCCCGCGAAAGGAUAGCUCUCCAAUCAAGCCACUUUCGUCUAUCCUGAACGUCACCAAGUUACUGGCCACACCGCAUACGUCGUCACAAAUAUCUGCGCUUUGGACCGCCUACCAUGCAUCCCGAUCCGGAGGCACGGGUAGGGGGCACAUCUGUGCCUCCUUGCCUCUCGAUGCGUAUGACACGAUGACGAACGUUGCAAAAAGAUAUUCUUCUUUCGUUCUACCGUUGCCUAGGCAAAUCAAGCCAGAGGCGUUGUCAGUAGGUGAUACGUCUGAGCCAGCGCACGAAUUUUUCUAUUUGCAGUGGGAUUUUCAUCCCCCUCCAUCGCAACCAUCUGCUACCGAGCCACAUCUAUUUCAAUCUGUUCCUCCAACUCCGAGAGGUACCGCUCUGCCUCCGGUCUCUACCGUCCUAUUCACACCGCUGCAAGAGUACAAGAGUCGUAAUUCAUUUGCGACGCCGUAUUUGGUCUUGACAUUCCACACCGAUUUGUCUCACUCGCAUGGCCUCGUUCUUCUCCGUGGAGAAAUAACACCGUCUGCUGCCAUGACAAAUGGGGAACCUACGCAGGACGUGGCAGGGCGUUAUCUGCUAAAUCAGGUAGAUGCACAACUGCUGGCGAUGGGUAUACAGAAAUAUUAUCUGUGGGGUGAGAAGAAGGGUGCGAAAGCGAGUGGCUCUCCUGCUGAAGAACUGUUAAGGCGGUUCCACGAAAGACCAGACGAUUUCGAUUGGCAAGAACUGUUAAAGCAAUCGGAGGUUACGGUGUAGUACAGCUUAGGGGGGCAGAGGGUGUGGGGACUUAAGUACUACUGUUCGUAUGACAAACUACUGAGUUAUCACGGAGAAGUCACAAGCGGACGAGCUUUCACCCACUCCUUCUUGGUAAGU